AGCUUAAAAAUAAUAAAGUUUGACCCUCCCUUUCUUCCGGUCAAGCAACAAGCCUUUGGUUAAACGACGAUUUUUUUUCUCAAACGACACUAGUGGGCCGUGGCAGUGUUUUGUUUCUCAGAACUCGAACGUGUUCAAAUUCGACCGUGAAGCGAGGUAGAAGAUUACUCGAAAUCAACCAUGUCGUGUUGUUUGUCUUGCUGCGCAUCUUUGACAUGCGGUCUCUGUACCUCCGUGGCAUCUGGGAUCUCUCAAAAAUCUGCUAGGAUCGGCUACUGUUUUCUCUUUGGCGCCUCUCUCAUAGUUUCUUGGAUUAUCAGAGAAGUUGGUGCACCCCUUUUGGAGAAAAUUCCAUGGAUAGACUCGUCGGGGACCCACACAAAGGAAUGGUAUCAAGCGCAAGCGGUUCUUCGUGUGAGUUUGGGAAAUUUCUUGUUCUUUGGUGUUUUAGCCCUCAUAAUGAUUGGUGUGAAGGAUCAGAAUGAUACACGUGAUUCAUGGCACCAUGGUGGAUGGACCGGAAAGAUAGUCAUAUGGCUUUUGCUGAUUGUCCUUGCAUUCUUCAUUCCAGAUUCCGUAAUGCUAGUGUAUGGAUUCAUAUCGAAGUUUGGGGCUGGCUUGUUUUUAUUGAUUCAAGUGCUAAUUUUACUCGACUGCACCCACAAUUGGAAUGAUGCGUGGGUUGAGAAAGAUGAACAGAAAUGGUAUAUUGCUCUACUUGUUGUAUCACUCGGAUGCUACAUUGCAGCAUAUGCGGUGUCUGGAAUUCUUUUUAUUUGGUUCAACCCUGGUGGAUAUGAUUGUGGUCUUAAUGUCUUCUUCCUUUCCAUGACGAUGAUUCUUUGUUUCGUGUUUGCAGUUGUUGCUCUACAUCCUAAGGUAAACGGAAGCUUAUUGCCUGCAUCUGUGAUUUCACUUUACUGUGCAUAUGUGUGCUACACUGGUCUUUCUAGCGAACCUCGAGGUUACGAGUGCAAUGGUCUCAACAAGUCCCGAGCUGUAAGCACAAGUACGCUCGUUCUUGGCAUGCUAACGACAGUUCUGUCUGUGUUGUAUUCCGCACUUCGUGCAGGAUCUUCAACCACAUUCUUAUCACCACCAUCUUCACCUAAAGCAGGUGAGAGCAAACCUCUUCUUGAAGACGCUGAAGAAGGAAAGAGCAAAAAGGAAGAAAAAGAAGCACGGCCAGUUAGUUAUUCCUAUUCAUUCUUCCACCUAAUAUUUGCCCUGGCCAGCAUGUAUUCAGCGAUGCUUCUUUCUGGAUGGACCAGCUCAUCUGAAAACUCAGAUCUGAUAGAUGUUGGUUGGACAUCGGUAUGGGUUCGGAUUGGCACAGAAUGGGUUACUGCUGGGUUGUAUCUGUGGACUCUCUUGGCUCCUUUGUUGUUUCCUGAUCGCGAAUUCGCUUAACUCUUUCGUCUAUAAAUGAGUGAUUAUAACUAUAUAUAGAGUAACCAUUAGUUUCGUUCAUGAACUUCCAUCCUCCUUCUCUGUUCCUCAAGUGAAUGAAGAUGAUAAGUAAUCACAACGUUUUGUCAUUUUUAAGGAACUGAUUAUAAUGUAUUUGAGGACGAAAUGAGGAAGAGGGUGCAAGUUAAUGAGCGAAGUUGAUUGAUUGCUCGUUUAUAUAAUGGUACAUAGCAAUCCAAUCGUGUGUAAGGUAGUAAAAGUUAUGAUCUUUCCUACAUACCUAUAGAAUGUUGUGUAGUAAUGCAUGAUAUGUGUAUAAGUUCAAUCUUCGUGUGA